AUGCUGCCGGACCUUUCCUCGCCCCCCUCAAGAUACAUUAAACUCUUGCUCCUGGCCUUAGCCGUCCUUGUGGUCCUGCCUCAGGCUUCCCCAGAUGGAUGGGUCCGCAUGUGCAAUUACAAUACUGGCCAAUGCAGGACAGCUUGCAAAGAAAAUGAGAAGGAGAAAGAAAAAUGUACAGGAAAAAAAGUUUGCUGCAUCCCUCUAAAAAAGCCGAAAUCUCAAGUGUUCUCAAGACACAACAGUUGA